CCACCAGCAGCUCGUCCCGCGCGCAUAAAGCCUCCACGACAGCCGCACGCUCCCGCGGCGCGCGCAGGCGGCAGGGCAGGGCAAGCCGGGAGAGCUAGCGGCAAGAGGCAAGGAGAGAAGACGCCACUUCCGCCUCCGCCCGCAGCCAUGGCAGCCGAGGCGCCAGUGCGGGCCGCAGCGCCCGCGCGCCGGCCGGCCGUCUCCGCCGCGUCCGCCUCGCGCCUCCUCCUCGGCCACCGCCCCUUCCCUGCGCCGUCGGCCGCGUCCCGCUCACGCUACGCCGCCGCCGGGCGCGCCCCGGUGGCUGGCCCCGCGGCCGGCCUCCGCCCGCGCCCGCGCAGGCCGCGCCUAUCGGUCGUCGCCAUGGCUGGAAAUGACCGUCAAGUGCCUUUGACAGAUUACCGCAAUAUUGGUAUCAUGGCCCAUAUAGAUGCAGGAAAGACAACAACUACAGAACGUGUUCUGUAUUACACAGGAAGGAACUACAAAAUAGGUGAGGUCCAUGAGGGAACAGCUACCAUGGACUGGAUGGAGCAAGAACAAGAGAGAGGAAUAACUAUUACAUCUGCAGCAACUACUGCUUUCUGGAACAAACAUAGAAUCAACAUCAUUGAUACUCCUGGGCAUGUCGACUUCACUCUUGAGGUUGAGCGUGCUCUCAGGGUGUUGGAUGGAGCUAUAUGUCUAUUUGACAGUGUUGCUGGGGUAGAACCACAAUCUGAAACUGUGUGGCGCCAAGCUGAUAAAUAUGGGGUUCCAAGAAUAUGUUUUGUAAAUAAAAUGGACCGCCUUGGUGCUAACUUCUUUAGAACUAGAGACAUGAUAAUCGCAAACUUAGGUGCAAAGCCUUUGGUAAUACAGUUGCCAAUUGGUUCAGAGGAUAAUUUCCAAGGAGUUGUCGAUCUAGUCAAAAUGAAGGCUAUUGUGUGGACAGGAGAGGAACUUGGUGCAAAAUUUACCUAUCAAGAUAUACCUGCUGAUCUCCAAGAGAUGGCUCAAGACUACAGAGCUCAGAUGAUGGAAACCAUCGUAGAGUUGGAUGAUGAUGUUAUGGAGAGUUAUCUAGAAGGUGGUGAAAUAGACGAGGAAACUGUUAAGAGAUUGGUCCGAAAGGGAACAAUAUCUGCCAGCUUUGUUCCUGUUCUAUGUGGUUCAGCCUUCAAAAACAAGGGUGUCCAACCACUGCUUGAUGCUGUUGUUGAUUACUUGCCAUCACCACUUGACCUGCCACCAAUGAAGGGCACUGAUCCAGAGGACCCUGAACUGAUCCUUGAAAGAAAGCCUAGUGAUGAUGAGCCAUUUUCUGGUUUAGCUUUCAAGAUCAUGACUGACCCAUUUGUGGGAUCAUUAACAUUUGUUCGCAUAUACUCUGGGAAGCUGGUUGCUGGCUCAUAUGUUCUCAAUGCAAACAAAGAUAAGAAGGAAAGGAUCGGAAGGCUUCUAGAGAUGCAUGCAAACAGUAAGGAAGAUAUAACAGUUGCUGUGGCAGGUGACAUAGUAGCUCUUGCUGGUCUCAAAGAUACAAUUACUGGUGAAACACUGUCUGACCCAGAUAAGCCUGUUGUGCUUGAACGUAUGGAAUUUCCUGAUCCUGUCAUUAAGGUUGCUAUUGAACCAAAGACCAAAGCAGAUGCUGACAAAAUGGCAACCGGACUAAUCAAGCUUGCUCAAGAAGACCCGUCAUUCCACUUCUCUAGAGAUGAGGAGACAAACCAGACUGUUAUUGAAGGAAUGGGAGAGUUGCACCUUGACAUCAUUGUUGACAGAUUAAAGAGAGAGUUCAGGGUUGAAGCAAAUGUUGGAGCUCCGCAAGUCAAUUACCGUGAAAGUAUUUCCAAAGUUGCAGAAGUACAAUACGUUCAUAAAAAACAGUCCGGUGGAUCUGGGCAGUUUGCAGAUAUUAUUGUGCGAUUUGAGCCUUUGGAGGCUGGAACCGGGUAUGAAUUCAAGAGUGAAAUAAAGGGAGGGGCGGUGCCAAAAGAAUAUGUACCAGGAGUGAUGAAGGGAAUUGAAGAAAGCUUACCCAAUGGUGUCCUUGCUGGUUACCCUGUUGUGGACCUCCGAGCAGUGCUGGUCGAUGGCUCAUACCAUGAUGUCGAUUCAAGUGUCCUGGCAUUCCAAAUUGCAGCCAGAGGCGCAUUCCGUGAAGGAUUGAGGAAGGCUGGUCCAAGACUCCUGGAACCUAUAAUGAAAGUUGAGGUGAUAACACCUGAAGAGCAUUUAGGCGAUGUUAUCGGUGAUUUGAACUCUAGAAGAGGACAGGUCAAUAGCUUCGGGGAUAAACCUGGUGGACUAAAGGUUGUCGAUGCUUUUGUGCCACUUGCCGAGAUGUUCCAGUACGUCAGCACUCUCAGAGGAAUGACCAAGGGGCGCGCGUCUUACACGAUGCAGCUCGCGAAGUUCGACGUUGUCCCACAGCACAUUCAGAACGAGCUCUCUGCGGCGAAACAGGAGGAAGCUGCUGCUUAAUCCUCGCAGUUUUUGGUAGAUAUACAAAACGGCGACAUCGGAAGAAGGCGGAUAGGACAUCCAGGUGUAUGUAGCUUUGUAGUGUCAAACCCCUCGGGGAGGUAUUGUUUGCCAUUGUUUUUGGAUUGAACCUGAUAAUGGCCUUGUCAAGUUCUUUUCUUCUUUUUCGAAGACUGCCUUGUCAAGUUUUCAGAACGAGAAAGCGGUAAUUAUAAAAUUUUGCGUCCUUUCUCUA